AUGGCGCAAACUUACAAUCAGAAGAGGAACGUGUACAGCAUCGACCAGAUAUUGGGACACGGGAAGGACGAAGAUCACGCGACGUCGUCCGACGCCAUUGGCGAUGCCGGGGACACGGAACUCGGUCACUUGAGUGACCAUCAGAUAAACGAUGGCCUGCAUGAUCCUUUGAAUCUGGGAGAGUCGGACCGGUUAAAUCUAGGAGAAUCAGAUCGGCCACGGAAGGUCCGAAGGUCUCGCACUACUUUUACCACCUAUCAGCUGCACGAGCUGGAGAAAGCGUUCGGGAACACGCAGUAUCCGGAUGUGUUCACCAGGGAGGAGCUCGCGAUGCGGCUGGACCUGUCCGAGGCUAGGGUGCAGGUCUGGUUCCAAAAUCGACGCGCGAAAUGGCGCAAGAAGGAGAAAGUACUGGGCAGAGACACCAGUUUCAUGCACGUCGAGCAGAGCGGUGUCAACGAGCUGUCCCUUCACGCCCGCCUGCUCCAAACCGCCGGCGGUGUGCCAGGUGCGGAUCCAUCGGGAGGACCAGCGGGUGCCUUUCCCUGGUUCAUCCCGCCGGUGUUCCCACCGCCGUGGCCGGCCAGCGCGCCGAAGCUGCCCCCGUUGCACGCGAUCCUGUCGCAGUAUAUCGGCCUACCCCUUCCGCAGAACCUGGCGUCCCUCAGCACGGUCCUUCCGGUCGGCUUGAACCCGGCCACGACCCUGAACCACAACAACGUCAACGGACACACGCUCGGAAGUCACAUACCUGGACAUCCGCUGAACUUGGGUGUGCAGAGUCUGCCGCAGAAUCUCAGUUCGAAGCACGACAAGGAGGAGGACUCGGCCUCGUCCGACGACGAGAUUAGGAGACAGAGCGCGGAGGUGCUGAGAGUGAAGGCGGAGGAGGUUCUACGCAAGGUGGACAAUUAA